AUGUCGAUGUCGACCUUCGAGUCCGACAACAAGAGCAAGAGCGAGGACAUGGAGUCGCACAGCUCAUUCGUGCCGACUCCUGAUGCUAAGAGCGAGGAUGAGAGCAGCAACGAUGGCCAGCACAAGAUUGUCGACGAGAACAACAAGAGCAAGGAGAGUGAGCUGAAGACCGAGCAGGCGACCACCCCCAUUGCCACCCCGAGCGCCUCGAGUGCCCCGGCUUUUGACUUCGUCAAGGCCGCUGAAGACCUCCUCGCCGACGCGAAGAAGCUCAAGGCGACCCUCGAGCGCAAGCCCAGCGGUCCUGACUCAAAGCCCAGCGAUGCCAGCUCCCAUGCGCCCCCUAUGCCGUCGCCCGAGGAGAUGAUGCUCCGCCAGCGCAUCGCCAAGCUCGGCAAGAAGAUCGCCUUUGAGACCGGCCCGCCUAUGGCCGUACUCAUGUCGGAGAUGGCCGCCAUUGCCGACACUGCAGCCUGGAACAUCUUCCUUACCUGGCGCGCAUUCGACCACAUCCCUCUGACGGGCUCCAUCUCCAUCAUCGACCUUGCGCGCGCCAUCAAAGCUGAUGUGAACCUCGUCUCCCGCUUUGCAGGCAUGUUGAUCUCCACUGGCAAAUUGAUCGGCUCCCGUGUCGAUGGUAACGAGAGUGGUCCCCCCACACACGUCUCCCACAGUCGCAUCUCCCGCCUUCUGCGUACCAACACUUCGCCGGCCACCGCUGCCAUCGCCAUCGUUAGUUUCGGCAACGGCAUGAAGGGCUUCGCGAAGUGGCCCGAGUACUUCAGCAGACGCGGCAAGGUCGAGCCCUACCCUAUGGCUUUCGACGAACAUAUUUUGGUCUACGAGAAGCGCAUCAAGGGCAGCACUGUCAGCUCUGUGAAUAUCGGAAGACCCGCAGAGGAUGGCAACAGACCUUUCGUCCAGACGCCCUUCUCUCUCGGCUGGGGUCAUCCGGAUAUGGCGCCUUGGGAAGUCAAAGCCAUGUACCCGGAGUACGCGCGCAUGUUUGAGAUGGCCAUGGCGGCCAAGGACAAGGGUGCGCAGGGCGCUUUGGGUGGCGACUUGGGCGUUGGUGUUUAUCGCGGCGUCAACUCUGAAGAUCCGAACAGGAAGUUCAGCCUUGCUUGGCUUGCGGAUGUUGCUCGGGAGGCGCCCAAGGUUUCUGAGUUCAUCAACAAGAUGAACAACAACGACGGCUUUGUUACCUUGGUCAACAAAAACGUCCAACCGAUUGUAGUCGACGUCGGCGGCGGACUGGGCCACUUCCUAGCCAAUCUUCUGGCCCAGAUCCCGGAGCUCAAGCCGGAGCAGUGCAUCUUGCAGGACCGUCCCGAGGUUAUCGCCCAAGUCGCCAAGAAUAUCGAGGCCGGUGAUGAGAGGUUGAAGGGAGUCAAGACCAUGGCGCAUGAUUUCUUCAAUCGUCAGCCCGCGGACGCCAAUGGAGCAGCUGUUUACGUCCUUCGUCGUGUCCUUCUGGACUACUGCGAUGAGCAGGCUGUCGCGAUUCUGAAGCAAGUGAGGGCUGCGCUCAGCGACAACGCCAGAAAGAUCGUCAUCAUGGAGGGAGUUCUGCUGGACAAGCCUUCGCCCGAGAACCGCUUGGUGGAUAUGGUGAUGCUGAACUUGGGUGGAAAGCUGAGGAACGAGGAGGGAUACAGGAAGCUGUGCAAGACGGCUGGCCUGAAGGUUACGGGAUAUUGGGUCGAUGUGGAGGGUGCGAGCUGUGUUGUUGAGUGUGUCAAGAACGAGCAGAUUUUUUGA